AAUAAUUGAAGGGUACAGAGGAAAAACGAUCAAAGUCCACUUUUUAUCGAAAUUGAUCUAAUGCUAUCUCGUGGUAUUUUCAAAGAACUUUUAUAAUUCUUAUCUGUUUUGAUCAAGAACAGUUACAAGUCAUUCGAAAUAAGUCCGAAAGAUGUACCACGCUAGGGAAAAACGAUCCUAAUUCACGCGCUUGUGAAGAACCAUCAGAGUCAGACGUAAACACUAACAAGGAGAACUUGGGGGCUGCGGAAUUCGGUCUUACAACAAUGGUAUAUACGAAGCUAAAAUAUUUUUUUGUUAGUAAUUCUUGAAUAGCUGGCGAAUAGCCAAUAAUAUUUUAGGUACACACUCAGGGAAUCUCUUACAAACUGUUAACGUAUGAUUCAUAUCUGCGUUUCGCAGCCCGUAAGUUCUCUUUGUAAGUAAAUACACUAUGCAUUCCGAUAUUCACUGCCAGUAUUUUUUUUUCAAUAGUUUCCUAAAAUAUCUGAUGUCUUGAAACUUAAAAAUGCGUUUUUCUCGAAAUUAUCCCGGAGGGACAUUGAUCGGUUUUCCCCUGUACCCUUCAACUGUAAUAGAAUAAGUAAUUAAUAAAAUAAUGUACAACAAUAAAAAAUGUGUGUUUAUGUUUGUUUAAACAGAUAUCUGAGGAUCAGACUAAACACAAGAUGAUCACUCGUGAAGCAUUUGCCAUAUUGGCUAUUGCUCUGGGCAGCGUUUCCACUUUACAUUGCCCAACAAAUCAGUCAUGCAACUGUGCUCCGAGUGUCGAUGGAGGAAUCGAGAUAAACUGUAUAACGAAGAAUGACUCCUCGUUUCUCGUGAACAUUCAACAAGGCCAAUUUAUAAAAAUCGUAUGCAUUAAUUCUCCGGAAUGGUCAGAUUUCCACUUGGACGUGUCGUCCUUGCCGGAAUUUAAGACUAUCAAAACGAUGUUCUUCUCCAGGUGUGAUUUACCGACUAACAACAGUUUAGGCAAAAUCACGCAAACGAUAGGAAUCACCGGCGUGGAAAAAUUGGUCUUUCAAUCGUACAAGAAUUUGAGCUUCGCCCUGGUCAAGCAUCAUUUGGAUGACUUCGAAAAUUUGAAGUCACUGUCCUUAACGAGCAACAAUGUGUCCUAUGCAGAUAAAGAUCUAUUAGCUGGUCUAGUCAACUUAACGAACCUCAACUUGCGCGACAACAAUUUACACCAAGUUACAGGAUUUUUCAACUACACCCCCGGACUGCAGUUGCUCGAAUUGGGUGACAAUGCUCUGCAAUCGAUAGAACCAGGCACAUUCGACAAUCUGAAAAAUCUGACGUUUCUCAACUUAUGGAAAAAUCAUUUAACCGAGCCUCGAUCGGGAAUUUUCGACGAGCUCGUCGCUCUCAAGAGCCUCGAUCUCAAUAUGAAUUACAUGGUCAAGUUACCGGAAGACAUCUUCGCGAAGCUCGAAAACCUCGAGGUUCUCAACUUAUCUCGAAACAAUUUCACAAAUUUACCGAAGAAUCUGUUACAAAAUAACACGAAACUACGCAAUUUCACUCUGUUUGACAACAAGCGAAAUAUGACAACCUUGCCAGAUGCAUUUUUCGCUAAUUUAACGAAACUGGAGAUGUUGAAAUUGAAAAGGAACGGAUUUGUCACGCUACCGGAAGAUCUCUUCUGGGGAUGUACUUCGCUAAUUAAUAUCAAUUUGGAACGAAACUAUCUUCGAACCUUACCUAGAUACAUAUUCCGGGAUUUGAAGGGACUCAAAAUUUUG